AUGCAGCUCGUAAUAUUUGCUGCUACACUGUUAGCAAGUAUCGUAAUCACUCAGGCACAAAUCAACGCGGACAGACUAGACCGAGUCAAUAUCGAUGAGAUUUUGGCCAACAAGAGGCUUCUCAUAGCAUAUAUCAAAUGUACGCUGGACACAGGAAGGUGUACUUCUGAAGGGAGAGAGCUAAAAUCUCACAUAACGGAAGCCCUUCAGAAAGGAUGCGACAGUUGCACAGAAGAUCAAAAGAACAGCGUACGAAAGGUCAUAAGUCACCUAAUAAACAACGAACAAGAUUACUGGAAGGAACUUGUACAGAAAUACGAUUCUGAAGGAGUCUUUUCUAAGAAAUACGAAGACGAACUGAGAGCACUU